GUGUAAUGAAUGACACCGACAAAACAAAACAAGGAAAAGCAAGAUGGCGUUUAGCCAUGAAUGGCUAAACGCUAUUGAAGACGUUAUUGUGGUUAUUACAGUUAUGUGUUCCUAAUUUGUGCCUACAUGGACAUUUAGAGCAAACUCUGUUGUCACUUGCUUGUAUCUGUAUACAUUAGUCUGAGCAAACUUUGCCGCUUUCUGCUAGCUUAGCUUGUGAGUUAGCUUAGCCUGUUAGCCGCUAACAAAGAGACGCGGAAGUUAUCAACACAUCACUAAACAGAGAUUACGUGAAUGUGAAGUGUUGUGAUUGUGUGAACAUGUGCGAAAGAACGAUAGCAGAGUACGCGAAGGACAUAUCAACAAUAAAAAAGGAGAACGAGCAACAACAUCAACUAUUGGACACUGUUUUCAUGAAACAUCAAGUUGUGUUACACAGAACAGAUGUCCAGCAGCCCCUCCACAUUAAAGAGGAAGAGGAGGAACUCUGGAUCACUCAGGAGGAAGAGCGUCUUCUAGGGCAGAAGGAGGCUGAUCUCACCAAGUUUCCACUGACUGUUGUAUCUGUGAAGACUGAAGACCAUGAAGAGAAACCACCUGAGUCCUCACAGCUGCAUCACAGACCAAACCUCCAGCAGUUGAUUAGCCGUCAAGAUGACCGCCUCACUCAACUGCAGGUGGGGAGCUUCACCUUGAAGCAGGAGGAUCCACAGCCCUCACAUGUUGAAGAUCUCACUAACUUGCACCUGACUGGUGUCUCUGUGAAGACCGAAGCAGACGACCUCUUAGCGCCGCUAUCAGAUAGUGACGACGCAACAUCACACUCUUCUGAGGAUGAAGACAGGGACAACAUCCAAGAACCUUGGAGCUGCGAUACAAAGUAUGAAAGCGACAAGGUCAACAAACACUCGGAAUGCUCUGAAAAGGAAACGCGUAAAGAAUACCUGACCUGCUCAGUCUGUGAUAAGAGAUUUACUCAAAAGGGCACUUUGAAUCGUCACAUGAGGAUACACACAGGAGAAAAACUCCUUAUUUGCUCAGUCUGUGGUAAAAAAUUCUCGCAGAUUGAUUUGACUCGUCAUAUGAGAACGCACACAGGAGAAAAACCCUUUAGUUGCUCAAUUUGCGGUGACGGAUUUGCUGUAAAGUCACAUAUGACAUCACACAUGAGAACGCACACAGGAGAAAAACCGCAUUCGUGUUCAUUUUGCGCGAAAACCUUCAGUCGGCGUGACACUUUGAUAGUACACAUGCGGACACACAAUGGUGAAAAACCUUUUAAGUGUUCAGUUUGUGGUAAACAAUUCUCUCAGAGGUCAAACAUUGCGUCACACAUGAGAACGCACACGGGUGAAAAACCUUUUAGUUGUUCCGUUUGCGCUGAACAGUUCUCCCAAAAGUCAAACAUGGUAUCACACAUGAGAACGCACACGCAAGAAAGACCCUUCGGUUGUUCACUUUGUUCGCACGCAUUUUCUCGGUGCGACAAUUUGACACAACACAUGCUGACACACAAAAGAAGAAGAACCCUUUAGUUGCUCAGUUUGUGGUAAAAUCCUUUCUUAUACAAAAAAGUUGCGUAAAAUGGAUAAAUGUUUUCCUCUA